UUCAAUGCGCGUGCCUCCGGGCCGUGUUCUUAUCGUGCUCACCGCCCGAUAGCAAGGAAACGAUAUCUAAGAACAUUAUAAAAUCAGGUGCCGUUCGGUUCGACGACGCUAGUAUCAUUCUAGUGGUGUAAUGAUGAAAGGAUCAACAGCUAUUCUGGCCGCCAUCUUGGUUUUGGUGAGUGUUCUCGCCCAGCAGAGCAGCGCCGAACCAACGUGCCGUCCGAAUGGCAGAUAUCUGACCGCUAACCCACGGGACUGCCGCUCGUACUACUACUGCUACGAGGGCAAAUCGUUCGACGGUAUCUGCGGACCAGGGCAUCGGUUCGACGAGAAGCGCCAGUCAUGUUUACAGGCCUCGGUGAGCGAAUGCUCCUCGUGUCCACCAUCCGGAACGAUCAACUUGCCCCAUCCAACCUCCUGCCAGAAGUUUGUCCUCUGCUUCUUGGGCUUUGCCAACGAGCGCCAAUGUCCGCCAGGGUUGUUGUUCAACAAGCAGCUCGGACAGUGUGAUUUAAGCACUAAGGUGGUCUGCUGAUAGCCUCGACCCUAACUCCCGAUAAACUAAGGCCCCCGUUCCGACGAUACGAUAAACGCGAAAGACAACAGUUCCGGUGUACAGUGCGAUACAGAUGGCAACAAGCAUCAACAACAGAAACCAAUGAAUCAGUGGCCAGGCAGCCAGAAGGCAAAUGUGACAUUCCUGCUGAAAAACAAUUCUUAGUGGCUCGAUUGGUUGUGGCAUACAUGGUGGUGGCGGUGUUUAGUGGCGCUUUGGGUGCGAAUAAAAUUUAGCCGAUAAACUCCACGCAAA